ACCUCUGGUACUCAGCUGUUCUGACGUCGAGCACGCUAUUUGACGUCACUGUGGGAGUGUUCCACCAUCGGGAGAAAUGAAUGGUCAUCAACACAAUCCUCUCAGCGCCCAUCAUGUGAUUUUUCUAAAUGUCCAUGGAAACAGCUGACUGAAGUUCAACGGCUAUUCUACCACAGUUCCAUUUGAAAGAAUUACCCAGAAGACACAGAGCCCGAAAUUUGGUUGGAUUACACCAUUUUCUGUGUAAAUAGAUCCACAUAUCAUCUGCUGAUGACCACAUCUGAAGCCUGCCCUGAGCUGUGAGUCAGUAGAGGAGACGCAGGGCUGAUGGUAAGUCACACUCUUUCCACCUCCUCUCUUGCUUUCUUUCUCAUUUUCCUUACAUGUUGGUAGAGUCAAAAGAACUUUAUGUACGCCGACACCUGUGAGCUGAGGACGUGGACUCAUCACAGAGCAGGAUUUUAGUCUUGUUAUAAAAUGAGACAUAGUGGAACUGCCGUGGAUCACUGCACACCUUAAUCCUCUGAAAAUUGGAUAACAAUUACUGUCCAUUUAGAUUUUAAUUUACUUUUUUUUACACUCUGUAGUCUCUUUUGUUAGCACCAUUUAAGCACUCAAAGUUCUGUUGAUCAUUUAUUUUGUAAUGAAUACUUUCUGGAAUAUAAUUAUUCAAUUAUCAAGAGGUCCUUUUUGCAAUUUUGCUGAAUUCCCAGCAAUAAACAUAGGGAAAGCCAAGGGCGUUGACCUUCAUGAUGUGUGAUAACAAACAUUGUUAUUUCAGAAAGUGUUCUUAUACCUUGUUUAUUUUGUACACUAUGUGUUGUUGCAUUACUGGGUUGGCACUGUCAGAUAUGCCACAUGCUGUUGAGCUAAAAUGGAUCCUCACUGAUUUCUCUCAGUGUGAAAAUAUGAACCUUUUUUUCUGUCAUGAAUUGAUUUUAGACAAAAUAAACAACAAACCUUCCUAUAUUCAAAUACAAAAACAGCUAUCAUGUCCGCGUCAACCCAGUUUCUGUUGCCUGUUUUCUAUUCUGUCACUGCUUAUUAUGUUCAUCAUCCACUGCUGCAUGUCAUAAUUCAUUUUAUUUUCCUUUUGUGGUAGACAAGCAUGACAUUGAGCCAAGCCACAGAUGCAUGCCCACUCAAAAGACCCAACUGAGCGCCAUCCCCUCUGCUCUCCGGCUAUCAACCAGUCUCUCAGAGGGGAGGGGGGUGUCAACGGGGCGUAGCUAGUCCCCUGCACCCCCAGUAGAGCCUCACUGUGAAACUGGAGGUCUCAGAUGGAUCAGGGUAGUAGUGAGCAGAGUCCAGAAGAACCAGAUGCAGGUGGGCGAGUGGAGCCGGAGGCCGGCAGGAGGGCCUCGGAGUCAGAGCACGGCUUGUCCAAAAUCACCCAUAAUGCCCUGGAGAACAUGGGAGCGUUGGGCCAUGGCCUGAAGCACUUCUUCCAGCCACAGCGCCGACGCUCCUCCGUUUCCCCACAUGACUCCGUCUCUGCCUGCACGGGUGCCCCUACCUCCGAACCCACUGAAGUGGGGUCAGAGGUGGGGGAUAAUCCUGCCUCCGCGGCCCUGCCCGUGGAUUCUGAAAACUCUGCCACUUCCGCCCCUCCCGCAGCUCUGAGCAGAGUUCUGCAGCAGAUCCGAGGUGCUCCACCAAUGAUGAAGCGAGGCACCAGCCUGCAGAGCCGCCGCAGCAAGGUGGGGGGCUCUGGGGAUCCUCCCCAGAAAGGAAGCCCGCAGAUCCACAGGCGCAGCACCCACGAGGCCCUGCUUCAGGCUGGGCGGCCACGCUCCUCCUCGACCACGGACACACCCACAAGCCCCGCCCUUGACAUGCUGCUUACCUCGGGUUACCACUCAACUGAGGAGCCAGAUAAGCUGGAUCGAUAUGAUGGAUCAGGCCCUGCUGUGUCACCCAAUGCCCUCCCAUACGGUGCAGACGGGUAUGAUGUAGUCGACAGUACCCCAGACCCACAGCGAACUAAGCAGGCCAUCGCCCAGCUACAACAAAAGAUCCUGAAGCUCACAGAACAAAUCAAAAUUGAACAAACCGCACGCGAUGACAAUGUGGCCGAGUACCUGAAACUGGCUAAUAAUGCAGACAAACAGCAGAGUGCACGCAUCAAGCAGGUGUUUGAGAAGAAGAACCAAAAGUCAGCUCAGACUAUCCAGCAACUGCAGAGGAAGCUGGAGCAUUACCACCGAAAGCUCCGAGAGGUGGAGCACAACGGUAUCCCUCGCCAGCCCAAAGACGUUUUCCGAGACAUGCAUCAGGGGCUGAAAGAUGUUGGAGCCAAGGUGACAGGUGGCCUCUCCAGUUUCUCUCAAGCCACUCACUCUGCAGCUGGAGCCGUUGUGUCAAAGCCAAGAGAAAUCGCCUCUCUCAUUCGCCACAAGUUUGGCAGUGCGGAUAACAUUGCAGCCCUGAAAGAUUCCUUGGAUGAAUCCCAGGGAGAUGAAGGUGUGGCUCCUGGGGGAACUAGGACCCUUGGGACCGGACAGUUGCAGUCCAGCCCAAAAUAUGGAAGUGAUGAGGACUGUUCUAGUGCUACGUCAGGCUCUGCUGGAGCCAACAGCACCACUGGAGCACCUGGGGGUCCCCCUAGCUCCAAGGGCAAUACCCUUGAACAUGGCCAGGCCUCAGGCUUCGAUGCUAUACUCCAUGAGAUUCAAGAACUCCGGGACAACCAGGGUCGAUUGGAGGAGUCCUUUGAAAACUUAAAAACUCACUAUCAGCGAGACUAUACCAUGAUCAUGGAGGCUCUGCAGGAGGAGCGAUACAGGUGUGAACGUUUAGAAGAACAGCUCAAUGACUUGACAGAACUGCACCAGAAUGAGAUUCUUAACUUGAAACAGGAACUAGCGAGUAUGGAGGAGAAGAUUGCUUAUCAAUCUUAUGAAAGAGCGAGAGACAUUCAGGAGGCGCUGGAGGCAUGUCAGACACGUAUCUCCAAGAUGGAACUGCAGCAGCAGCAACAGCAAGUGGUGCAGCUUGAGGGUUUGGAGAAUGCCACAGCAAGAACUCUACUUGGAAAGCUAAUCAAUGUGCUGCUAGCUGUCAUGGCGGUCCUUUUAGUGUUUGUGUCCACUGUGGCCAACUGUGUUGUCCCCUUAAUGAAAACACGCAGCCGCACACUUUCUACACUUCUUCUUGUGAUCCUCCUGGCCUUCCUCUGGAGGCACUGGGAGGCUAUUUCGGAGUACCUGAAUCGCUUUCUUCUGCACCCCAGAUGACCGACUUUGAAAGCCCUGUUUAAACAUUCAAAGAACAGAGUUUGGGUUGUUGUGUAUAAUGAGGACACUGACCCAUACAGGAAGUUGAAUCUCAAUGGUCCUAUCUUUCCUUAAGCUUCUCAAUACACUCAGGAGGGUUGCAUCAGAGGUUUGUCACUUUAUCACUUCCUGGAAUAUGUUUUGAGAAGAAAAUUAUAGAGAGGAAGAAAAAAGCUGGAUGUUUGGUAUCAACUCGCUGUCUUUAGUGCAUUUGUGGCACAAGCACAUACUAUAAGAGUAAAUAGGGCAUAUUUGAAGGAGGGGCGAAGAGAACUGCACACUUGAUUUCUCUUCUGAGUGAAUUUGUUUACAUGUGGAAAAUGCAUUUUUUCCUCACAGAAGAAGUUGUAAUUCAGUUUGUAUUACUUUUGAGCUGAAUCAAGUGGUAUUGUUUUGAAGUCACUGCUAUUUUUAACUCAGCUGAUUGAUGUUUUAUUUUCUUCUUUGAACUGUAAUGAGCCGACAGUGUUCUGCUGAUUUAGUUGUUCACAUUCUCGUUUUGUUAAGUUCUCUCUUUUCUGGUCUCUAUUUGGAUUUUUCAGUCUGCUCUUUCUUUCUCUUUAAUUCAGUCUUUUAAAAUUUCAGCUUGUGUGAACAACGCCUCCUCUUCCUCUAUGCUACAUCUGAAUCUGAAGAAUGGGGUGCUUGCAAGUCCGCUACAAUGCCCUGGAAUCAGACUCGUCACUGGAUCAAAUAAUAGUGGGUUCUUGACUUGUUGCUUUUGGAUGUGUGAAGUCUGUAACACUGGUUCUGCCACAACCAGGAUAAUACUAUCAAGUACUUAUAUUUGGAUUUGCAACCCUUCCCUCUGGGCGAGCUGGGUUCUGCUGUCCUGGUGGGUUUUCCACUGCAGAAGAAUAAUCUAUGAACUGUUUGAACAUACUUGAAGAGCAAAAAUGUGCUCAAAGACUCAGUGCUUCCGUACUGUUUCUAUUAGUGACAAUGAAAUAGUAAUACUUUUUAGUUGAUUUUUUUAUUUUUUAAAGAUAAAUAAAUUUGCUGUUUUAAAAGGUGAAUACAAAAGUCUAACUUAAA